AUGCCAUCAUAUCAGAGUGAGGGGAAGGAUGAUACGCCUAUUGAAAUGGUGAACCUGCUUGAGCAGGAGGAGGGCUUUAGUGUGGACUCCGGUGUUGAGUUUAAUGGCGGGAGUUUGAUGAAGGAUGUUGAAUGGAAGGGUGAGAAGAUCAAGGUUUAUCCUUUGAACUAUCAGACAGUGGGAAUUGUAAGAUGGCAGAUUGCUGCGAAUUUAGCAAUGUUUAUAAUGUUCGGUUUGAACGAUCAAACAACUGGUACCCUUAUCCCCACAUUAACGGAACGGUAUGGAAUCUCAAAAGUUGUGGUUUCAAAUAUUUUUCUGACCCAGGUGCUUGGUUAUAUGUUAGCAUCUGUGCUUAAUGAAAAACUGCACAAGAAAUGGGGUAUGCGAGGAGCGAUGAUUAUAUCAGCUGGAUCUAGCGUGAUAUUUUUCUCUAUACUGGCUUUACAACCAUCGUCUUUUUUUGUUUACACCAUUUGCUACUUGCCAAUUGGAUUUAGUAUCGGCAUAGCUGACUCUACUGCUAAUGUUAUGAUUGGGAAUUUAGAGACUCAUAAAAACGAAUGGAUGGGAGUUACACACGGUUUAUACGGAGCUUCCUCCAUGAUAACACCGCCCAUUGUCUCUUAUUUUAACAAAUAUGGUCGCUGGUCUGACUUUUUUUACAUUCCUUUGGUAGUUUCAUUACUGGGACUAUUAAUCAUACUCGCGGCUUGCAGGUUUGAGACUGCUACAAAAUAUGACUACAUUUGUACAGCACACAAAGCCGAAGAUGAUUCUACAGAGGAAGAUGAAGAAAAUGAUAGCAGUGGGAUUUUAGCCCUGCUCAAAAACCCUGCGGUUCUAUUAUAUGCGCUGUACCUGUUCGUCUACUUGGGCGCAGAGAUUACUACAGGCUCUUGGAUGUUUUCUUAUCUCUUGGCGACCAAAUCGGAUGACACUAUAUCGAUGUCCUAUGUCACUUCCGCGUUCUGGGUGGGUCUCACAGUCGGCCGGUUCCUAUUGGGAUUUGUCACAAAAAGAGUCUUUCCAAGCGAAUACCGCGCCAGUCAUGUCUACGGGCUUUGUUGUGUGUUCUUCUACACUAUAUUUACCCUUGUUGGCUUCAUCAAUACAGACUCUCAGUGGUACAUCGGGAUACUUUUCUUUGUACUAUUCUUUUGUGGAGUAUUUAUUGGCCCACUAUUCCCAAAUGCCAGCAUUGUCGCCCUGCAAGUAUUGCCAAGGAAACUGCAUGUCUCUGGAGUUGGCCUGGCAGUUGCCAUCGGAGGUGCAGGGAAUGCUGCAUUGCCCUAUCUUGUCGGGAUUGCUCUCCAUAUAACUGGGAUGAAAUGGUUCCCUCUUAUGUGUUGGAUGCUUGUGGCUGCAUUCACUGUGGUUUGGCUCAUGUACCCAAGGUACCUCGCUGUCUAA